AGUUACUGUGGUCUCGGCACUUACCCACCCGGUACCCCGACUUUUGAUCUUUCGUUAAGGGGUCAAGGUCAAUCUAGAGGUCACAGGUCAGGCCGUCAGGGUUGUCCCCGAUUUUAGAGAAAGUCAAUGGCCUCAAGUCAACCGGUGACCUCACAGGCAUUAGUGUUUUUUCUAAUUAGUUUAUCCUAUUUAGGUGUGUAUCUACUAUCUAUACGUUUUAUAGCCCUCCCCACUUUACAUUAUCACUCCCCGUUCCGCCGCCUAUGCAGGGGGCUCCGAUUCCGGCGGCCGGCCACCGCUCCGCGCUCGGACUUCUGCGACCAACCACGCGAUUCCGGCCGGUCACGCACCAAUCAGCGCCCGCUGCUGGUGUGACGUCACGUUCGGGACUAGCCCGACUCGGCCGACGCGGCGACGGCGUGGCCGCUCACGGAUUCGGCUCGAGGGGUGCGCUGAGGGUGCGUGCUGAGCCGUGCGGCUGCCGCGUGGGGCGUCGCAGUAGUCCAGUGUUAUCCUGCGCCUACCGAGGGUGUUUGGAUUGCGGACACGACCCGUGCGUGCCGCUGGAUCGCUGAGCUGACUCGCUCUCUGGCCGGUGACCUGGCGCCGUCUGCGGACGAUGGGUGAGGCCGACUCGUGGAGCGCCGGUGACGGACAGCGUACCGUCUCCGAGCUGGACCUGCUGCUCUGGGUGACGGUGAUCUCGGUCACCAUGAACGUCAUCGGACUCGGCGGAUGGCUACUGGAGGCGGCCCGCAACUGCGGCCGCGCGCGUUCGGAGAAGAAGGCCACGCCGCCGCCCGUCUGCCAGCCGGCGGCCGGGACCGACGGCUUCAAGAUGUACCGUGUCAUUGACCUGGUGCUGAGCCAGGCGCUGGCUCUGUACGCCCUGGCGCUGCUGCUCUGGCUGCCUCUGCUCGACCAGAGCUUCCUGCCAGCCUCCGAGCGCGUCUCCCGCUACAUGGUGCCGGCCAUCUGUGUGGCCAUCGGACGACAUGUGUUCUUCUGCUGCCGCGGCUGGCGUGCCGGCCGCAGCGCGGUGCCCAGCCUGACGCACGCCGUCUCCGCCGUCUGCUACUGCCUCUUCCUGGCCACCCAGACCACGCUGGUGCUGGCCGCGCUGGCGCUCACCACCGAAAUCGGCAACAUCUACACCCACCUGAUGGCCAUCGUGGGCGAGCGGCGCGCCGGCCGCUUCCCCAGCUGGGUGCCCGCGCUGGGCGUCAUCCUGGCCAUCGUGUUCGACGGACUCGUCUACCUGGUGGUGCUGGCGCUGGCGCUGGCCCGCCGCAGCCCCAUGACCAUGCCGCCGCUCGACAUCACCCUCUUCUUCUUCUUCACGACGUACAGCUUCAUCAUGAACACGUACUCGAUCUACCUGGUGAUGGCGUCCUUCUUUAACAGCGUGCUCGAGGCGCGUGUGUCGCAGGUGCUGCGGGGUCGCGGCCGCGGCCGAGCCGGCCCCGUGCCCGCCCAGGCGCUGGCCAACAUGCGCAGCUCGCUGUCCACCACCCGGCCUGCUGACGGAGCGCCCGAGCCGGCCGCCGGCGAGGUCAAGUGCAGUGACAAGGCGCUGCUGGUCAGCAAUAUGGCGUGAGGUGACGCGGCGCGUCAGAACUGACUGUGAUAAGGCACGGUGGCGCGGCGAAUGUGCCGCAGCUGGAUACGACGGCCAAACGGAGUGACCGCACGGGGGCGCUGUGGACCCAGCGGCACCGAUCAGCGAGUCUCUCGCAGGAGGCUGCCGCCGCGCGGUGCUGGCCGCGACUGGUGCGACAUCUAUAGGGGUGUUUUUUUGGGCGACGGCUGUACUCGUGUCUCCCAGCCCGUGAUUUGGGAAAGCGAAGUGUGCGUUUCUCAACCUUUCGAUGCCUGCAGGAAGAUGGUUAUGUUUUGUCAGUGGUCUUUGACAUGUUGCAAUGCUCGCGCUGCCUCUGCUGAGAGUUUCACGUGACUUUCUCGCACUGACUUUCGGUACGAGCUUUAUACGUCUUUCUACGUCGUGAGCCGAUUUGUAGGUAUGUUUCAUAACGUCCACCUCUGCAUUGCGCCUUGGUUUGCGUACGCGUUCGUGCUUCUACCAUGCCAUGUUGUCCGAAGUCCUGGAUGACUGGCGUGUAUUGCUGCACCUGCAAUUGAAUUUCCUGCGUCGGAAACACCAUAAUUAUCGCCGUGCCAUGUUUCGCAAACGCUGCGCUUUGGCGUCAACCACUGUACACAACUUCCGUGGAACUUGGUGCUGGUUUGUGAGCCGAGAUUAUCCCGACACGGGCCGGACUUUCUGCAGCAGAGGAAGCCGACUCUGCUCUCGUGCAGCGCCACCAUGUAAAUACUGGACAGUGUGGUAACGCUUUACCGCUAGUGGACCACCCACGGCACGGCCCGUGUAAAUUCGCCUGUAAGAUCCGACUGUUGUGUUGAGUCACCCGCUUCCAAUACUUGUGACGCUGGUGGAGAGGAUGGGUUGCGGCGCCACCGCCCUCCCACAGCCAGCAUUAGCGGCACCGGCUAUGCACGUGUUUGUAUGUGUGUGUGUGUGUGUAGAGUGUGAUGUGUUGGCGCGGCGGCGCGGACCCGGUGCAACUUUCCUGUGACCCGUCCCUCUGACGUUUUAGAGAGGCGACGACUGUGCCGAUCCCACUUGUAUUUAUUAUUUCUGCAAAUAUAUCUGAACUAUUGACG